AUGGCCAACCCGCUCGACACCGAUGCCGGCACCGAGUUGCUGAGCAGCUACAUCGCCGAGCUGCAGCUUGUCCAGGCCGACUUCAACCAGAAGCUCGACCAGAUCCCCGAGCUCUCCGGCGAGCCUCGAAAAGCCGCACUCAGCUCUGCCGAGCGCGCUCUCGAAGAGGCCAAGGAAUUGCUUGGCCAGAUGAACCUCGAGAAACAAAACAUCCCUUCGUCGGCCCGCGCAAAGGUCAACCAGCGCAUCCGCAACUUCACGACCGACGUCGACGCUGCCGAGCGUCGCCUGCGCACCCUCGCCGACGACCGCUCUGCCCUGUUUGGCAGCCGCUACACCGACAACCCCUCGGAUGUUCAGCUCGAGCAGCGUAACCAGCUGCUCGCCGGCACCGACCGCCUCGAGCGCAGCACCCAGCGCCUCAAGAACAGCCAGGCCCUCGCCAACGAGACCGAGGCCAUCGGUGCCAGCACCCUCGCCGACCUCAACCGCCAGCGCAACGUCAUCCAGCAUACCUCCAACGUCCUCCUCGAAAGCGAGGGCUACGUCGACCGGAGUCUCAAGAGCCUCAGGGGUAUGGCCCGUAGGAUGGCUACGAAUCGGGUGAUCACUAUCGCCAUCAUCACUGUCCUCGUUCUGCUUAUUUUCGCCGUCAUUUUCAGCAAGUUUAGGUAG